AUGUCGACUCCAGUUCCACCAUCAACAACCAAAAACAAAAUGACCCCCAAAACUCCGGAAAAUCACAGCGCUAUCAAACCUAGCGUGGGAGAAAUGCAUCCUAGUAAGGUCCAACAAAGCACUACCAAGCAACCGGACUCAGGGCUCCAGUUGGGAUUCCGGCCCAUUCAUGAUAAUUCAAAAGGUCCAAAUCAGUCAGUGCCUUCUAUAAUAAACACACCAUCUAAGGGAAGGAUUUCAAAUGUUGAUGAGCUCAGCAAGAUGAGUUUCGAUUUCAAAUUUUCUUGUGGAGAGUCCCAACUUAGCCAGGAGGCAAAGAAAUUGAUGGAGAGCCUUCGAGAGGAAGCUGCAAGGAUUAAGUCACAGAUGGUGAUGGAAAAAAACGCGCAACAGGGUAAGGACGUGGAGGCUGAAGCUCAGCCAACGUCCCGGAAAAUUGCGAAGCCCAAGGGUAUUGCAGGACGUUUCAGCUCAGCUCAUAUGGCCCAAUUCCGAAAGAUGGACUCCAUAGAGGGCCAUCCGUCUGCUUUUAGAGCUCGUGUUGAACCCAAUAAAGCGUCUCCAGCCAAGGGCCUUAAACGCACAAUCUCAAAGGCUCAACUUGGUGACCCUGAAAAAGACGUCCCGACUAAAACUCGAAUCACGCCUGCUACUAGAGCGGCCGCUACACGCCCUUCUAUCCCGCGGCGGGGGGUUCAAGCGAGUGCCAGCCAAUCUACCCGGACUCCCUUGUCUGGUGAGAGCUCACAGGUUCAGAACAAGCCGCCUUCAAAUCCAGUUCCCUUGGAAAAGUCCAAGUUCACUACACCGCAGAAACCCACAAUUGUGCAUGCUGCAAGCAUUAAAUACCCCCAUACUGUGAAGGCCCAAUCUAUAUCACGUUCACCGGCGCGCAGAUCCUUGUUUUCGGCCCCCAAAACCCCCCAGACAGAUAUUAAGUACAAGUCUAAGAUGCCCCAGCUGAAAUCCAUCCUCCGUCGGCCACAACCCCUCUUUUCCAAUGACCCUGAGAAGAUUGCUGCUGGUACCCACCAGCCUUUACCACGAGCGGACUUUGACACGAAGCUACUUGGCUUAUCUGAUAGCUUUAAAUCCUCAAUAAGCAUCCCGUCGUCAAAGAAGACCGUGGAUUUCUCGGCCAGCACAAAACUUCGGGAUGCUUGCAAUGAUUCAUCUCCCUCAGCUGUUGCUUCAAAAUCACAAGGCAGUGGCCCUCGGGAUGUUCUCUACCCGACUCUUCCACCAACCACUCCGCCGCACGAAAGGAGAGUUCCUGGCUUCACCUUUAAACUCCCGUCACCUACCGCUCAAGAAAACGGUUCCCCUCUGAGGACAGGCGAGUUUCAACCAGGUCUGGAGCGCCCUCCUAUUCCACACGGGAUUACAAAUAAGAAGCGGCGUCGUGAUGAUACGGAUGAAGAGCCUCAAACCCCGCGCGAUGACCGAUUCAUCAAGCGUCUUAAACAAAAUCCUACAACACCUCCAGCUAUGCAAACGCCUAGUCCAGUCAAGAGACGUUUACCCACCACUGUGACCCCAAAGCGUGGUACACCUGUUAGCAAAGUUCAGAAAGGUAAAGGACUUACUCUUAGUCGGCUGAACUUCCUUGCAACUCCCAAAAUCCGACAUUGA